UCUGACUUGUGUCGCCUCUCGUUGUGAACCUUCUUCCACUUGUUGAUAGUUGGCACUGUCAUGGAUUUCAAGACUGUUGUGACCAUCUCGGCUCUUUUACUCAUUACUGCUGAAGUACAAACAGCGGUAGCUGAGCAAGGCACCAACGCCCAACCCAAAGGGAACUCCAGUGACGCAGUCAACCUGUCCAGUGCUGCUCCAGCGACCGAUGCUGUCCCCAUCUCCGACCCAAGCAGCUCUUCACCUGUCCUCUUCGUCCUCACUGUCAAAUGGACAAGUAAAUGUGAGGGACACCUGAUCCUCCACCAUCCCUCCAGUCCUUCACAUGUCUGUCAUUACAGUAGUACAACCAUCAGGAGUCAUUUGACAAACGUGUGUGAGAACAAGAAAGGCUGUAAAGAACCAAUGGACUUGAAGAAAGGCGAAGAAAUGCCGAAUGGUUAUAACAUCUCAGAGGAUAGACCAGAGAUGACCAGCUGUGAGGCACUGAUGGUCCAAUGCAAAGCUGAGCCAGUUGAGGUCCAACCAGAUGUUCAGGGGCAGCUGCAGGCCUACAAAGUGGUGACGGCUUUGCUCUGCUGUGUGCUGGUGGUUCUUUUACUGAUACGCUUCACCAGACCCACCGUCAAAGCCCUGCAGAAGCGACUGUCAAACCGGUCGCAGACUCGCUGGGUCGGACCUACACAGAGUCACAGUGUGUCUCACCAUCGAGGGAAAACUUGUAACAAUGAAGACGGAGAGAAGAGACUGUCCUACCCUGCACUGGAGCGACUGGCAGUCAGCGACAGCAGGGAACCUUCAUCCAACAGGAGCAGCGGCUACAACUUCUGAUCUGCAUCUUCCUCAAUCAUCAUCAUCAUCAUCAUCAUCGUCGUCGUCAUUAUCAUCAUCAUCAUCAUCAUCA